AUGCUGGAGUCGACCUGCAGGGCCUUCUUCGACCUGCAAGGAGUCCAGCUCUGUCCCGCCCCGGAUGCAGUCAUGACGACCCAUGAGGCUCGAGUGGUGGAGAGCGCACCGGAACGGUCCGGGAAUACCAUGGAGCCGGCGGCACAGAAAAGAUCCGAAGCGGUAGAGGGACAGAGAGACGUCGAACAAGCAGAGGAGCAGUGGAGGAAGGCGGCUGAUGAUAAGCGGAUGGCCGAAGCAGAAGCCAAGAGGAGACGGGCUGAAGAGAGGCAACGGCGCCGUGAUGGCGACACCGAUCCUAUCGUCUCUUUCCCGGGAACAGGAGACAUACGUGAAGCAUGGGAGCGUGGGGCACGAGCCGCUGCAAGGGCACACGUGGGAGUGGCAGGAGAGGAGCUCGCCAGCAAUGUGCGGCAGCAUAUCGAGGAGGAUAGGGGAUACGUGAAAGUUCACUUGCCCAGCGUAAAGCGGAAGGCGGCUGAAGAGGCCCGGAGAGGGGACGUCGACGUGCCAGAGAAUUCGGGAGAGGCGAAAAAGAAGGCGCAGAGCAACGCGGGUGCAAAGGCUCAUAAGAUGGCGGAGGUAGAGGCGCACCAGAAAGCAGAGGAUGCGGCCCAUCGGUUCGUCGAUGCAGAGGCGGCACUUACGGCAGAGGACGGGGCGCCAAAGGAAGCAGAGGCUGCGGCGCAGCAGAAGGUGGGUGCAGAGGCGGUCAAGAGUGCGGAGGCAGUCGCGCGUAAAGAAGCGGGUGCAGCAGCAGAGCUGACGUCGGAGGCAGUCGAGCUGCAGGUGGUGGAGGCAGUGGCGCAGAAGGAAUCAGAGGCAACGGCGAGCCAGAAGGAUGAGGCAGCGGCGCAGCAGAAUGAUGAGGCAGACGCACAUAAGGAAUCAGCGGCAGCAGCGCAGCAGAAGGAUGAGGGUGCGGCGCCCAGGAUGGUUGAGGCAGAGGCGCAGAAGGAAUCAGAGGCAGCGGCGCAGCAGAAGGAGGAGGGUGCGGCGCCGAAGAUGGUUGAGGCAGAGGCGCAGAAGGAAUCAGAGGCAGCGGCGCAGCAGAAGGAGGAGGGUGCGGCACCGAAGAUGGUUGAGGCAAAGGCGCACAAGGAAUCAGACGCAGCGGCGCAGCAGAAGGAGGAGGGUGCGGCGCCGAAGAUGGUUGAGGCAGAGGCGCACAAGGAAUCAGAGGCAGCGGCGAGCCAGAAGGAUAAGGCAGCGGCGCUGCAUAUGGAGGAGGCAGACGCACAUAAGGAAGGAGAGGCGCGGAAUAAGGCAGAAGCAGCGGCGCGGCAGAAGGCGGAGGCAAAGGAGCAGAAACAGGCUGCGGAAGAGGCGCUACAACUGGCUCGGGCAGAAGCGCGGAAGAAGGUUGUUGUAGAGGCGCGGCAGAAGGCGGAGGGUGAGGCGCAGAAGAUGGCAGAGGCCGAGGAGCAGAAGCAGGCUGAGGCAGACGCACAGGAAGAGGGGCAGCAUGACGAGGAGGCAGCGUCGCAGGUAUUCGCAUACCGAGAGACGCAGAGCAUGGCAGAGACAGAGCGUCAAAAUACUAUGGAGGAGGUUCGUGUGGUCCCGGAGGCUGGAGUGGGGCACUACGAGGGAGAUGCGCUGGAAACAGAAGAGGAGCAGAAUGAGGAGGAUACGGUACAUCCGGCAGUCCGGAUAUUUUUGGGAGGAAGUCCGACGCGGGGACCAGGAACCGGGGUAGAGGGGCCAUGGAGGGUGGCAGACGAUGGGGCGCCUAGGGAUACAGUGGAUCUCAACAGGCAGAGGCGGCCUACCCUUCACCAGAGAGCAGUGGAGAGGAAUCUCGGCCAAGGCGGGGUGGCAGAAGCGUUUUGGCAGGUAGAGUGGGUCGAGGCAGAGACGGCAAUACGGCGGAUGCUGCAGCGCACGAGUACAGUCCUGGUCGAACAAGGUGACAGGUUCGUCGAGGCCGAAAGCUGGGACAUAAGCCCGGCAGAGGUAACGCGUCGUCUGACGCUCUUAGCCCGAAUGGUGACGCAGACGUUCUGCAACUUGGCGGCCCGCAACAGCAGCAUCAGUCGCGACGUGGCCGAUCUGACCGUCCAUUACUGCGGCGACGCCCUGGCCAACCUGGAAGAAGUCCGCCAUGGAAACGAGGAACGGCGGCGCCAAGCUGAAACGGCGGCCAGGUUUUGCGAGCAGGUGGACACGAGACUCUCCAACUUGCGGGAGAGUAUCGUAAGGGUGAGUGAUCAGGUUCGCCAGUCGGGAGGGGGGAUGGCGGAGGGCACGUUAAAGGGGGUGGAAGAGAGGUUGAGAGAGGUUCUGAGAGAAGACUCUGAGCGGCGGAACAGGGAUAGACUGCAGGACGAGGAGCGGAGGCAGAAGGCCACGAGGAAGGAAGCAGACGCCGCAGAGAGACGGAAGAAGGAACAACAGCAGGAGGAAGAGCGUCGGCAGAAGGAGAUGAGAGAGGGAAUGAAGGAGAUGAAGGAGGCGAUGAUGAAGGAGAUGAAGGCAGAAAUGAAGGAGAUGAAGGAUGGGAUGGUAAACCAGAUUGUGGGGAGGUUGAGCGCGGUUUUGCGAGAAGAAUCCGAGCGGCAGAAGAAGGCGAGGCAAGAGGACGCGGAGCGGCGACAACAGCAGGACGCGAAGAGGAAACAAGUGGCGGACGACGAGGAGAGACAGAAGAAGAAACAACUGGACGAGCAAUGGCGGAAGGAGGAGGAGGAGGAGAAGAGGAAGGAUGUAGAGGCCACAGAGCGGCGGAGGAAGAAGAAACAUCAGGAGGAAGAGCGACGGCAGAAGGAGGUGGAGGCGGGAAUGAAGGAAGUGAUGGAGGCUGUGAAGGAGAUGAAGACGGGGAUGAAGGGGUGGAAGGAGGGGAUGCUAAGUGAGGUGGAAAAGCGGCUGUCAGUAGUUCUGAGAUUGGACGCAGAGCGGCGGCAAAAGGAGGAGCAGGGUAGGAAGGCAACGGAGGGAGAUCGGCGACAGAAGGAGGAUGCACAGAGGAAGGAGGCUGAGGAGGACGAUCGAGAGGAAAGGGAGAAACAACAGGAGAAGGAGCACCAGCAAAAUGAGGAGGCGCAGAGGAAGGAGGCAGAGGAAGCAGAGCGGGUGGAGAGGGAGAAACAGCAGGAGAUGGCGCGCCUGCAGAAGGAGGAGGCGCAGCGGAAAGAUGCAGAGGAGGCCGAGAGGCAGGAGAGGGAGAAACAGCAGGAGAUGGCGCGCCUGCAGAAGGAGGAGAGGCAGAGGAAGGAGGCAGAGGAGGUAGAGCGGCAGCAGAGGGCGAAACAGCAGGAAUUGGACCGCCUGCAGAAGGAGGAGGCGCAGAAGAAGGAGGCAGAGGAGGCCGAGCGACAGCAGCGGGCGAAACAGCAGGAGAUGGAGCGCCUGCAGAAGGAGGAGGCGCAGAAGAAGGAGGCAGAGGAGGCCGAGCGGCAGCAGCGGGCGAAACAGCAGGAGAUGGAGCGCCUGCAGAAGGAGGAGGCGCAGAAGAAGGAGGCAGAGGAGGCCGAGCGGCGGCAGAGGGCGAAACAGCAGGAGAUGGAGCGCCUGCAGAAGGCGGAGCAGUACCGAGCAGAGAAGAGGGCCAGACUUACAUCCUACGCGGAACAGCAGCGGCAACUGGAGGCAAAGGCAAAGGCGAUGGCUGAAGAGACGGAACGAUUGGCAAGGGAGAUGGAAGAGGAGGAUUUGACCAUGCAGGGGGAGGGGACCUGGAAGGGAGUCGAGGAGGAAAUAGCUGAGGGCCUGGGGAGUUUGCUGUUGAUUGAGAGCGGGGAGGCGAAUGUAGCAGAGGGCGUGGCUAUUGUUCGCGGAUAG